AUGUAUGGAAAUCUGCGGGAAGACACGAAAGAUAACGGCGGUGCUGGUGGAAGAGAGAGGUGGUUGGUUGUGGUGCAUUUGGAAGAACGGCGAGGGUGUUUCGUGGUGGCGGUUUCUUGGUAUUGGUAUUUAUUAUUAGGUUUUGCUGAUGCUCAAGGGUGUUACUUGGUUAUCAAAGCAUAUCAAUACAGUUUAAUUACAAGUGUAACAUUAUUGGACUGUUGGACAGUGCCUUGGGUGAUUCUACUCACAUGGAUCUUCCUUGGCACAAGAUAUUCACUAUGGCAGUUAUUUGGUGGAACAUUGUGUGUGCUUGGUCUCUCUUUAGUCUUACUUUCUGACACAUGGGAUGGUGGUGAUGGAGGUGGAUCAAAAAUUAUCUUGGGUGAUGUUCUUGUUAUUGUAGGGACAGUUUUCUACGCAAUAAGCAAUGUUGGUGAGGAGUUUUGUGUUAAGAAAAAAGAUCGUGUUGAAGUAGUUGCAAUGAUCGGUGUUUAUGGAUUUCUAGUUACCGCCGUUGAAGUAUCUGUUUUAGAAUUGAAGACUUUGGAAUCAAUCAAAUGGUCUGCAGAUAUUGUACUUGCUUUUGCUGGCUAUGGUGUGUCAAGCUUCGUGUUUUACUCACUUGCUCCUUUUGUUCUUAAGUUGAGUGGAUCAACAAUGUUUAAUCUUUCUCUUCUAACAGCUGAUAUGUGGGCAGUGGUUUUCAGAGUUUUCUUUUAUCACCAGAAGGUGGAUUGGUUGUACUUUCUGUCAUUACAAUCUGGUUGA